AUGCUGCGGAUCCUGUGUGUGGCGCUCUGCAGCCUGCUGACCGGCACCCGAGCCGAGCCGGGGGCGCUGCUGCGGCUGGGCGUGGACAUUCUGAACCAGGUGCAGAGCGCGAUGGAUGAGAGCCACAUCCUGGAAAAGUUGGCGGCAGAGGCGGGCAAGCCCCAGCCGGGGAUGAAACCCAUCAAGGGCAUCACCAAUAUGAAGGUGAAGGAUGUCCUGCUGCCUGUCAUCACGCUGAACUUCGUGCCCGGAGUGGGCAUCUCCCAGUGCGUGUCCACGGGCAUGACCAUCACUGGCAAGAGCUUCAUGGGCGGGAACAUGGAGAUCAUCAUAGUCCUGAACAUCACGGCCACCAACCGGCUGGCGCAGGCGCAGGAGACGGGGCUGCCCGCGUUCAGCAGCGAGGGCUGCGAGAUCACCCUGGUCAGCGUAAAGACCAACCUGCCCAGCAACAUGCUGCCCAAGGUGGUCAAGAAGUUCCUGGACAGCACCCUGCACAAAGUCCUCCCGAGCCUGCUGUGCCCCGCCAUUGACACGGUCCUGGUGUACGUGAACAGGAAGUGGGACCACCUGAGUGACCCCAUGCCCGUGGGCCAGGCGGGCACCGUCAGAUACGUGCUGGCAGCCUCGCCGACCACCACAGCCAGCUACAUCGAGGUGGACUUCAGCCCCGUGGUGCAGCGGCCCGAGGGCGGAGCCAUCAAGGUUGCUGCUGAGAGCGAGGAGCCCCCGGCGCUCCCCGAGGGCUAUGCUGAAGGCUCCUCCCAGCUGCUGCUGUCCGCCGCCUUCCUCACCGGCCAGCUGGCCCUGCUGCAGCAGUCCUUGGACGCCAGUGUCCCGGAGAGGAAGGUGGGUGAGCUUCCCCCACAAACCACGGAGACCCUGGCUGCCUUCAUCCCAGACGUGGCUGAGGCCUAUCCCAAGCCAAAGCCCUUGGUGACCCAGAUGAGAAUAAACAAGCCGCCCAAGGUCACCAUCAAGUCAGGCAGGAGCCUGCUGCACCUCCACGGCACCCUGGAGCUGUUUGCCGCCUGGGGGCGGGGCAAGCCCCCCACGGCGCUCUUCCUCCUGGAAGCUCACUUCAACUUGAGAAUCCAGUACUCGGUGCGCGGGAACCGGUUGCAGAUGGCCACCUCUCUGGGCAGAAUACUGAGCCUGUCCCGGGGCGCCUCAUCGAUCGGCGACUUCGAUGAGAAGGCAUUAACUGGCUUCAUCACCGAUUACCUGCAAGAAGCCUACAUCCCAGUCGUCAAUGAUGUCCUCGAAGUUGGGUUCCCACUCCCAGACGUUCUGGCGGUGAAUUACAACCUAGCUGAGCUGGACAUAGUGGAGAAUGCCCUGGUGCUGGACUUGAAGCUGGGCUGA